AUGAUAUCCUUUGUUAAUUUGUUCGUCCCAUUUAGAUAAGCACACAGACUUUCAAGACUUAACAUUUACAACCAAAGACGAGUUUUGUACAAAUUCUGUAGUGAGAACAAGAAAACAGAAGAAAUAGAGAAAUAACCAUCCUUAGUUAUAGAUAUAUUGCACACAGUCAAAGACUCAGCUUUUGGUUCUGCUACGAAAUUAACGGAGAAGGUGAAAGGAUCAGCCAUUAAAUUUAAAACAGAUGCUAAUCAGAAUUAGGAGACAGGCAUAGGAAAAACAUGUUUGAACAUGGCCAAAUUGGCAUGGAGAAAAACAUUUCCCAGUCAUGAUGAUGAAGUAAAGGCUAGGAUGGAAACUGUUAAGGCAAAGUUGGCAGAGAGAAAGAAGGAAGAAGAGAAAUUGGCUUAAAUGACUGAAGAGGAAUUGGCUGCAGUAUGAAUUAAAAUUUAUUUAGAUUUAAGAGAAAAUUCCAGAAUGGAAAAGAAAUGCCAUCUAAGCCACCGAUUAAGGCACCACUGAAGAAGCAUCUCUCAAAUCCAAAAUUGCUCAGAAGAUUUAAAGUAGACUCAAGCAAAGUGAGCAAGGGCAACAUUUAGUCAACAGUGAAGCCUAUAAGGAGUACGUAACAUUCAAGGCAGAAAUGAAACAAUUCAAGGCUGACUUAUCUGAUAGAAUCUAAAAUCAUCCCAGCAAUUUUGUUUAGGUCUCUUUGUAUGCAGCAGUAAUUCAAUGAUUUAAUCAAUUAGAAAACAGUCACUAACGAAAGCGAUGUUGCCAGAGCCAUCAAAUAAAUGAGAAUGAUCGAUCCAGACUUCGAUUUAUACGAAUUGGAAAAGGAAGCAAAAGUGAUCUUCGAAUAAAUCUAUAACCUAUACUUGUUAGGAGAUUUGGAGUCCCUUUAAAAGGUUUGUGGUGAAGCAGCUCUCGGAUACUUCAAAGUGUUAUUGAAGAAAUAAGAAGCUGAAGUAUUAUUACAAUUUUAAUUAGAAAUCUGAACCUAAACACAAGUAAUUGUGGAAUGUUGAUGAAAUUAGAUUCACAAGAGCUAGCAUACCUGAUUCUGUCAAAUUGCCUGUUUUUGUAUUUACAAUCAAAACCUAAGAAAUCUUUUGUUAUGUUAGCAAGGUAAGAUAUAAUAGAAAUAUCAAAAUAGACUGAUAGAUCGAAAAUCGUAGAUGGAGAUGAUGAGAGAAUCAUGUCUAUGGACUACUAAUUUGCUUUGACUCCACAUUCAAAUCCUUCCUCUGAUGAGUUUGGUCACAUUUGGGAAAUGAUCGAAUUGUAACCAUAAUAGGUUGUUAAAAUGCUUGUUUGAAUGCUAUGUUAUAUAUAUAUAUAUUUUAAUAAAC